CUCGCGCGCUCACCUGCUCUGGGACUUUAUCAAACGCAGCGUUUUUGUAAAAUCUCGAGCCGUCGUCCUCGCGCUGCCUACACGCCAGGUAAUAUGGAUUAACUGAUUUCUCACCGUCUGAGGAAGGUGCGGCUUUUUGCGGCGCUUCUCGAAGUUGUUCCACAUCCAGGACGGUCGGGACGGCUGGCCCUGCGCUCAGGAGGGGAUUAGAGAGGAGAUACCUGGUACCCGGAGAUGAAGGCACGUCACGCUGCUCCUCUUCAGCAGAGCGAUGGACGGAGAGAAAGCAGAGCGGGGCUGUAACUGGCGCCUUCAUGGAGCCCUGAUACACAGGGCAGAGAGCAGGUAAAUGGAGGUGCAGGACAGGAGCCGCUCCCCAUCCCGCAGGACCAGCCGGGUGGAGCAGGUGGUGGGACGAUGGCUGAGACGGUCCAGAGACUUAGGCAGCAGGUCUCAUUCUUUGACCAGAGACCGGGUUGCAGUGGACGGGAAGACAGCAGAGUCCAGUGGCACUGACCAGAGAAAUUACCCCUUCCGCUUUAAUGUUCAGAUCCAACGGGACCCAAAUCUCAACUCGCAUGGCCUCACUUUGUCCUCUCAGAUCCCCAUCCUGGUGCAGGACAUCACCCCAGGUGGCCCUGCAGAUGGUCGGCUUGUCCCCGGCGACCAGCUUGUGAAGAUCAAUAACGUUGCUGCUGAUGACCUGACCCCUGAGCAAGCUGCUGAAAUAAUCAGGGAGUGUCAAGAUUCAUUGACAAUGACUGUCCUCAGAACAAUGCUGGGACCAAAGUCAUCAUUCAUCACACCAGAGAAAAGGGCCAAGCUCAGGUCCAACCCAGUCAAAGUUCACUUUGCAGAGGAAGUGGAAGUCAAUGGACACUCUCAGGGCAACUCGCUGCUCUUCCUGCCUAACGUCCUGAAGGUGUAUCUGGAGAAUGGGCAGACCAAGGCCUUUAAAUUUGAACCCAACACCACAGUCAAGGACAUUGUGAUGACCCUGAAGGAAAAGCUUUCUCUGAGCCGGAUCGAACACUUCUCCCUGGUGCUGGAGCAGCAGCACAGCAUCACCAAACUACUGCUGCUCCAUGAUGAGGAGAGGAUACAGCAGGUGGUCCAGAAGAAAGAGGCCCAUGACUACAGAUGUCUGUUCCGAGUCUGUUUCCUGCCCAAAUUCCUCCAGACUCUGCUGCAGGAGGAUCCAACUGCUUUUGAAUACCUCUACCUGCAGGGGGUGAAUGAUGUGCUGCAGGAGCGCUUUGCAAUAGAGAUGAGGUGUAACACCGCCUUGAGACUUGCUGCUCUUCACAUCCAGGAAAGACUGGCGAGCUGCGGACAGUCACCGAAGACCAACUUGAAAAUUAUCACGAAGACGUGGGGCAUAGAAAACUUUGUGUCAUCCACAUUAUUAAGGAACAUGCGAGAAAAGGAUCUGAGGAAAGCUAUCGGCUACCACAUGAAGAAGAGCCAAUCACUGCACGAUCCCAAACAGAAGGGACUGUCUGUCAAUCAGGCGCGCCUCAACUACCUGGAGGAGCUGAGUGAUCUAAAGUCAUUUGGAGGGAAAUCCUUCAGUGCCACCAUGAUGCUCCAGGACAGGGAGUCAAUGGUGACCUUGUUGGUUGGAGCUCGCUACGGUGUGAGUCAGAUUGUUAAUCACAAACUGAGCAUCCUGUCAAACCUCACUGAGUUUACCAGCAUCACACGCAUCGAGCUGCUGCCGGAGUCAGACAAGGUCAGCCUGGUCAAAAUCUACAUGCAGGACAUCAAGCCCAUCACGUUGCUAUUAGAGUCAGUGGCAGCCAAAGACAUGUCCUGCCUAAUAGCAGGGUAUUGUCGAGUGUUUGUGGAUCCCAAUCUAAACAUCUUUCCCUGGAUUGAGGACUCCCGGAAGCACAAGGUGUCUGCAGAGGAAGGUUAUGUGUCCCGUUGUGGCAGCGACUCAGAUGACUCCUCAGACUUGGACAUGGACCCACUGGUGGACAAGAUGUCUCAAGAUGACAAGCCCUACCCUCGUGUCAGAUCUUCGUCAGAUCCAGAUGGGCGAAAAAGAAAAGACAAAGACAGAAGAAAAAACAAAGAAAGUGGUGAAAAAGGAGAUAAACCUUGGGGGAAUAAAGGGGAGAAGGAGGAAAAGGAUGCUGACACAGAAAAGUCUCUGCCAGAUACAAACAAAGUGGAUGAGAAGGACGGUACGGAGCACAAAGAGAAGACAGAGGGAUUACGGGACACUCUGCAAGUGCAGGUUGAGAUAAUAAACGAUUUGGGGGACAAACAGAAAAAAAUGGGACGAGGUAAAAUGGGAGGUGGAGGAGAGGUGACAGCAGCACAGGAGCAGCUUCCUGUAUCAGAAGCAUCUGAUUCUUGUCACUCUGACUCCAGGGUGCUCACCAGCCCCUCAAGUGACUCCCUUGAUGCUUUGGAGGAAGAUGAUUUACUGUCAUGUUCUUCUUCAACCAUUAAUCCCAAUGCUCAUGGCUAUGCCCACUCUCCCUUUCAGUUACACCACUACUCGCACAGCCACACUCAGCCACACCUUUUAGUCCCUCCACCAGCCCACUCUCAUCCCCUUAUCCACCUUAAAACCCCUGACAGAGGAGAAGGACGCAGAAGGUCGGGGGAUGGAGCAGAUCCCCAACUCCUGGUGCCUGUGUCCCCCUUACUAAGCCUUUCUCAUGCACAAAAAUGUCCAGAUAACCCUUGUUCUAGUGAAAGCUCUCUGUGUUUCGCUGAGCUCUCCCGCCUUGUGGACUUCUUACCAAGCCCUCCGGAGGCCAGCGAGGAAGAAGAUGAAGAGGAGGAACUGAGAAGGAGGAGGAGAAGGGUGUUAAAAGAAUUGAAUGAAUCUGUGAGGAAAGCAGGGGAAGGUGGAAGUGUGAGUGGAGAGGGCUGUUUUAAUGAACUUCUGCUGUCCACUACCCCGUCCUCCCCAUCUUCUAACAUGGAUUUUGUGUUUAAUUUUGACCAGAGUGAUGCCCGCUGCUACUACAAACUGUGCUCUAACAUCACUCCUGACAGUGCUCGCAGCCUUCCCCGCCCCUCGAGUCAGAAUGAAGGAGAGGAGGGAGAGAAAGUGGAGGGGGAUCCAGCCAAGGAAGUCGACUUGGAGUCUGUGCCCAUCCUCCAGCCUCCCCCUGGCUUUGGAGACAGCAGCUCUGAUGAAGAGUUUUUUGACGCCAGGGAUCGUUUCACCUCCCCUGAAGACCCUACCUCAGGAGCUCUGCCAAGAGAUAUUUGCACUGAAAUGAAGCUAGACUUCCUCAGUACGCUCAGUCUCAGUGACAUUGGAGUCUAUGUAACUGAUCCUGGUAGAGAUGGAGAAGCAGAGGAAGACAGAAAAGGAGAAGAUGAGGAAGGAGGAGGCAGGGAAACAUUGUUUCAGCUCAGAAAACGAUCACGUAAACGUCGUUCCUUCAUGGAAACUGACUACACCUCGACAGUGUCGUACCCAGAGCAAAAUUCAGAAUCAAAGCAGGACCAGUUCUCUAGCAGGAUUCAUAAAAACCUUUCAGCUGUAGUCAAUAAUGUGCAGAUGCUGAGCUCAGAUCCUGAGCCUUCUGACCAAACCCAGAAUCCCAGUCCUACAAUUUCCUCCCUGACUCACUCUGAAGGGGAACCAUCUCAGCUCGAGUCAAAACCCAUCAUUUCCAAACAAUGCCUACAUGGGCUCAGCUCACCCAGUGGUUUUCAGUCUCAUGAUUGGACAAGAGAGCCACAGGCUCCUUCUAGGAAGCAAGAAAUGGAGAUGGAGCCCGAUGCAAUGGAAUCCAAAUCGGUCACAGAUCUGGUGAAGGCAGCAUCUCCUACGAUUAGCGUUGUCCGCUGCCGGGUGGAUCCAGAUGGAAAGGAAAGUGCUGAUCGAAGGGGGGAUGGAAAGGAGGAAGGAGAGGGACAAGGUGAGAUAGAUAAGGGGAAAAAGGACAGAGAGGAGGAGGCAGCCAGUGUUUCAGGCAAUGGGCCAUUCACUCACCAUAUGUUUUUACCCGAAAUACACAAAGAGGAAAUCAAGAGGGAAGAAGAGAAUACAGACGGGCUGAGUGAGAGCUCAUCUAGUUCAAAGAGACCACUUACAGGUAAAAUGAAACAGCCAGAGGCUAACAGUCUGCCUAAAUGUUUCAUAAGUUUGAAUAAAAAUGAAAGUAAUGGCUUUUUGGAAGGCCAACUCAUCACUGAAGAGCAGAAUUCAAACUCAGAAGAAAUUAAGGUCGAGGUGGUGCACAAAAAGUCAAGCCCCCCAUCAUACUCUCCACCUCCACCUCCUCCUUCAUCCCCUCUACCUCCUAUACCAGGUCGUCUGAAAUCCCCAAGUGACUGUUUGAUGAAGGUAGAAGGUGGCAGUGAAAACAAGGGAACUAAAACAUCUUUAUCUAGGAUUGAUGAGAUACCUCUUAGCAAUCAAAAUCACAUAAACCAAGAACAGUUAUGUUUAGAAAUUACCACCAGUGUAAAUGAGGAUGAAGCCAUCAGUGGAGUUAGUCCAACUGUGACUUUAAGCGAUGAAGUUACUGACAGCACCAAUUCAGACAAUGUUUUUGAUGAAGAUGAGGUGACUUGUCCCAUAAAUUCUUUUUCAAGUGGCCAAAAAGAGGAGUGGGCUGUAGAAACAAAGCAUAGCAUCCAUGCCAAUUCAGCUCCAACAUGUAAAGGUGAAUCUAAGACAGCUCUUUCUAAAACUGAAGCUCGUUCCAGAAUGAAUUCAAUUAAUUCUGAUUACACUCGUACUAUAAACUCUAUCACUGCAAAGCUUGGAGCCGCAACAAGUGUCAUAUCUCCGACGUUUAAUUCAGGCACAUUGAAAAGUGAAAAUACACAUGAAGCAUCAGCAUGCUCAAACCAAAGUGUAGACCAACAAAAAAGUUCUACUCUUCCAAGAACUGAAGUCAAAGAACGGUUAGCUAGUCCUACCUUAGCCCAAGCUUACACAGCCACAGUCCAUGAUCUAUCGAAGGAACCUCCCUCCCCUACCCACUUCCUCUUCCAGUCAUGCUCCCCUAGCAUAAUGGGUCGCUUAUCUUCCUCUACACUGCGAGGGAAAAUUCAACAGUUGCCCCUUUAUUUAUCACGUUCACAGGAAACCCUCAACCAAGCCGGUGUGAGCAAUGUACAGCAGAGUCCUGCUGAGGACAAAAGGGGUGAUAUCGAGAUCACCAUCAAAGUUACAGACGUUAAUGACGUCACACAAACAGUAGACUUUGGAAAAGGCCUCUCAAAGUCAGUGGAAUCUGUAGGAUCAGAUGACACUGACACGACUGUUACAGGACCUGAGGUGGACAGGGAGUUUUUUGAAGAAACAACCACUGCAAAGAGUUUUCAAUCUGGAACGGAGGUGAAGGAAGUGAGCUCUCCAUUGCCUGUCCAGACUGAGCCUAAAUCCCAUCCUCAGCCUCUGUUCACUGGACCUAUGAAGACCACACCAGGACCAAUAACAGAGCCUCCAUCCUCCAUGUUGAACAACCUCCAAAGAGACUCCUCAGGCAUAAAGAUGGACACUCCUGGCCCAAUAAAAGAUGCUGCACCCUCCAUCCUUCCUCCAAUAGUUGUCACCACACAGAAUCUAAAUGGACCAGGACUCCCAUUUCAUAGUCAGACACAGAAAGUAAGACGGACCAGUAGUGACAGGCCUUUGGUGGGUCUUUGUAGACCUACAGAGCAAGUUUCAGACUCACAAAAAACACUUUCCUCAGGAUGUAGGGUGUUUACAAUCUGCGAGGAUUCGCUGCAGACAAACACCCCAGUAGAUGUGGGGAGUGCCCCACUAUUGAAGUCUGAGUAUGGCUGUAGUUCUGUGUUGGCAUCUGGAUGUGAGACGGUUAUGGAAGGCAUGCAGAUGCCGCUGGAUGCCUGUGGUUGCCCUCCAGUUUACACCAACUGCUUUAGCAGUGGGGACGGCUUUGACGAGGAGCUGACGGUCUACGAGUUCUCCUGUCGUUCAAAGGGCAGCGGUAUGAAGCAGACUUCUGGAGCAGGGCUUCCUCUCAUGACUUCAUCCCCCAUUCCCUCCUUUCUCCCCACUUCUUCUAUUUCUCCCUCCUUCCCACGAUCUAUCCUUUUCUCCUCCUCAACCUCAGAACUCAGCCCCCUCCUUUCGCCACUGUCUGAUGGCUCUGACAGUUUCUUGUCUCAAACGCACAAAGACACUAUCAGUCGGCUGGGCCAGCAGCGCUACCCAGAUCCCCCUGCAGGUUUCCAAGUACUCCGUGUAGAUGUGGACCAGCUGCUUUCCAUUUUGGAAAGCACUGGUUCUGACCGAUCAGUGAUGGGUCACGGAGGUCGUCAUCCAAGAGACACUUGCCCUGCUCACUUUACAGAGAACAAGCGUGUGCUCCAGAUGGAGGCCCGGCGGCUGAUGACAGGCUGCCAGAAAGUGGUGGGGAUUGGACAGAGUCCAGAGGAAAUGCUGCACUCCCUGGCUAACAGUUUCCGGACCCUGGUAGAGCUGGCAGGUAUAUGCCUCUGGUUCUCGGGUUGCGAUAGGUGUGACAGGAGGAAUGCAGAGGCAGUUGCAGGUCUGGUGGAUGUCGCUCGCUCUUUCAGAGACUUCUGUCUGGCAGCAGAACGAGCCAGCAGCAAACGCAGCUGCCAAGACCUGAGUACCAAGCUGCUAGCCAAACAGUGCACUGCACUCACCGCCUCCGUCUUCUGCCUCACUCAGCUCUUCCGCACCCUCACUGCUCUAUGAGAGGACCACAACCUCUUAAGGCUUCAAAGUGGCAAUUAGGCAACCCUUGGCGCUUGACCUAAGUAUAUUAGAUCGCCAAUGA